AUGACUAAUCCCCAAGAUAAUCCUGGAACUCCCCCACCAGUAUCCCCUUCUAAUACAUCCUCAUCUACACCCCCUAGUGAAACCCCAAAACCAAGCGAAGGUGAAGAACAUGGUUCCUCUGUCACUGACAAAAAUCAAGAAACCCCUGGUGAGGUAAAUACUUGUUUGGUAUUCUCUGAUGUAGUUGAAAAGGUUGAAAAUAGGUUUGUCUUGGUUGGUCCUGUCAAGGAUGUACAGGGUGCUGAUUCUAGUAGAAGAGGAGAGAGUAGUAACAACUCAGGGGGAAAUAGUUCUGGGGAGGCGGCUGAAGGGCUAGUAAAUUUAAGUAAGCAUCAAGAUGAACCUGGUGCAUCUGUUGAGGAAACUUUGCCAGAACUUCUGAAGAAGGUUGGGGCCAAUUCUGGAAAAGUAGCUGAGAUUCUAAGCAAGUAUGAGCAAAGUUCUGGCCAAGUGGUUAAUUUAGAUAAAUCAGCUAUUUGUUUUAGUAGAAAUGUACCGGAGGAGGAGAAAGUAGAGAUAAUUUGCUUACUUGGACUACAACAAAGAAAUGAGAUGGGUAUGUAUUUAGGAUUACCAGCUAUUGUGGGACGUUCAAAGAAAAAGAUGUUAGAGUUUAUUAAGGAUAGAGUCAAGACAAAAAUAAAGGGAUGGAAGGGUAAAUUUUUAAGUACAGCAGGGAAAGAAGUAAUGCUUAAAUCUGUACUUGCAGCUAUUCCUACCUAUGCCUUGUCUUGCUUCCAACUCCCUGAUGGUCUGUGCAAGGAGAUUACAUAUCUUUUUUCUAACUUUUGGUGGGGUCAAACUGAGGAUAAAAGGAAGAUGCAUUUUGAGAAAUGGGAAAGAUUAUGUGAUUCUAAAUCAAGCGGGGGAUUAGGAUUUAGGGAUUUAAAGGCUUUCAAUAUGGCUUUGUUAGCUAAACAAGCUUGGCGAUCAUGGAUCUGGAGAAGUAUUUUGUGGGGAAGAGAUCUGUUAGUUACUGGACUAAGGUGGAGGAUCUCUGAUGGGAAAAAUAUAAAUGUCUGGACUGAUCCUUGGAUUCCAAGAAAUAAUAGUUUUACUCCAAAAACUAAAAGAUUACAGAACCUGGAUAAAACGUGUAAGAUUUGUGGUCUUGAAAGUGAAGAUAUAGAACAUAUGCUAUUUAGAUGUCCUCGGUCUCAGCUUGUAUGGAAACAAAGUCCUAUUAAUUGGCCUGAUAUUGACAACAUAAAUGACUUCUCUGUGUGGUGGUACAACUUACUUUUAACUGCUAAACACUUUCCUGAAUCUACUGAAUUGUUAAAUUUGAGUGUUAAUAUUAUGUGGCAAAUUUGGAAGGGUAGGAAUGCUUGGUGCUUUAAUCAGGAAAUGUUAGGGCCAACUGAGAUUGUUUCUAAAGCUCUUUUUGAGUAUGAAGAAUAUAAAGAUCUAUUGACUAGUUGCCUCGCUGCACGACAUUCAGCUGGAAAUGAGUUUCUGCCUAAACUAACACGUUUUCAAGAUGAUGUUUUAUUAUUUACAGAUGCAGGAUUACGGUGUGAUGAUAGACAUGCGAGUAUUGGUGUCGCGACUUUGAAUAGCCUUGGAAAACUGCUUCUUGCCCAUGGAUCCUCAAUUCAAUAUGUUGGAAAAACCAUGACUGCUGAAGCGCUUGCCAUACGAAAGGCACUUGAAUGUGCUAUUACUCUUGGAUGGAAAAGUGUGAAGAUUUUCUUUGAUGCUAAGAAUGUUGUUGAUAUGAUCCAAAAACAGGUGGCUACUUCAUGGGAGAUAGAAGUGUUGUGUGAAGACAUUUGGAAGCUAUCAAGCAUGUUAGAUCACGUCCAGUUUCUUUAUAUUCCAAGGAGGUUAAAUAAAGUAGCGCAUAGUCUAGCUAAAUUUUUUAUUUCUUUGUUGAAGGACAUCUCCUGGGAGAAGUUUUUCCCAACUUGGGUUGUCCAGGAUGCAAAGAGUACAUUUGAACUUUGUUGUUCGUUGUUGCAGUAA